AAAAUCUUCUCUUAAGCUUAAAGUAAAACUUAGGGUUUAAUCAUCUACCGAUCUACGUAGUAUUUGCCAACUUCAUCUUCUCCCAUCGGUAAAGACGGUAAGUCUACAAUAGUGAUAAGCUGUUCGAAACUUCAAUCUCUUUGUAACUUUCAAUCAUCUAAUACUUUUUUCUUACAUUUAAAGGCUGAAGCGGCAAAUUAGAAUAGAAGCUGGGAAGUGGGAACCAAAACUGAAGCUUCGAAAUCUGGUUCUCUAUUUUUUAUUUUGCUACUAUGUAUCACUGUGUUUAAUCAUUUGAAUACGUAUAUUUCAAGUGAAAUAUGUAUAUUUAUGUACGGUCAAUUCAAAAUGUGGUGAGUGUUUUUUUUUGUUUUUUUGUAGAAGAAGAGCAUAAAGCCUGAAAUUGCUUUGUUCUAAGCACUAAUUAUUGCACUAAUAUACUACUACGUAAAUGACAACUAAAGUAUUGUAGGGUAAAUAGGCAGAUCCGAAUAGAAGUUGGGAACCAAAUGUGAAAGCUUCGGAAUCUGGUUCGUACAAUUGAAGGGAUCGUACAAUCUGGUCCGAAUAGAAGCUUCCGAAUAGAAGUUGGGAACCAAUUGAGGGAUUUAUGCAGGCACCAUCCACCAGCAUUCUACCUUUUAGUGAAGGGUCAAACUCAAUUUUUAUAAUGGCAGAAGAAGUUGAUACCUCUAUCAACACCGAUCAGUCACAUGUAGAGGAGAUAGCAGAUAUACCUGAAGAGACUGAGGCGAGGCAUGGUGGAGAUGAAGAGGCUAUAAUUGAAGAAUCAGCUCUGAAUUUGAAUAAAGAAAGAGCAAAACGGUCAAAAGUUUGGGAGAAAUGUUUCACCCAGAUAAAGAAUGACAAAGGAGUGGUGGUAAAAGCUGAAUGCGGCCAUUGUAAAGUGAAGUUGUCUUGGCAAGCGACUGGCACACCAACGCAUUUGACUAGACAUAUGAAGACAUGUUCUCAAAGGAGGGCGACCAUGAGGCAACAUGGUCUACUAAACUUUCAAGCAAGCAAUCAAAGUAUGCCUUCCCUAUCUCCAGCA